AUGGCUGCAACACGGGAGCGAACGAAGCCACUGCCUGAGGAGGACGGGCAACGCGGCAGCGGCCGCACUCUGGCGGACCAGGUGCUGUACCUGCGGGUGGCCGGGCUGUGGCCCCACGCGCGGCCGGCGCUCCACCUGCUGCACGCGGCGCUGGUGCAGCUGGGCGCCGCCGCCUACGUGGCCGUCGGUCUGGUCAGCGUCCACACCGCCAAAGGGGACGUGGACGACAUUUCGCACACGCUGAUGCACACGCUCGAGAUCGUCGCUGGGACAGUCAAGGCGGGGCUCUUCUUCGGCAACAGGCAGUCCUUUUACCAGCUGGUGCGAGAUCUGGAUCUGAUGGUGUCCGAGGACUGGGACCGCCCCGAGCUGGCGUCUGCACGCCGCUGGGCCCGCCGGAUGACUGUGUCGCUGACUGCCUACAUCUACGCCCUCAUCCUGCUGUGGCUGCCGGCGCCGCUCCUGGCCGGCGGCGACCAGAAGCUGCUGCCGGUGGUGCAGAUCCACGGAGUGGACUGGUCGCUGUGGCCCGGCGCGUAUGCCGCUCUCUACACUCUACAGUGUGCUGUACUCCUCACGCAGGUCCCCAUCGUCGUCGGCCUGGACUGCUUCUUCGUGGCGGCCAUGCUGCACGUGGGAGCCCUGCUGCAGCUGCUGGGGCAGCGCAUCUCUGGACUGCGGCUCUCUGGCGACAGUGCUGUGGACCUGGCUGGCGAUGUGGGUCUCAAGAGGCAUGAGAUGAUGUAUAUGGAGCUCCGUGCCUGCAUCAGGCGCCACCAGAAAAUCACAAAGUUCCUGCACGACUUGGAGGCCGCCAUGAGCACCAUGGUGCUGGUGCAGUUCUCCAUCAGUAUGUUCUGCCUCUGCAUGGAUCUCUACCAGCAGAUCCAGAUUGAGGACGCGCUCACGGCCCUGCAGUACGCCAUGACUAUGCCCUUCCACAGCAUCCAGAUCUACUUCUACUGCUGGACAGCUGACGUCAUCACGCAGCAGGGCGAGGCGCUGUCUUUGGCGGCGUACAGCAGCCACUGGGUGGGCGCCGGCGCCGGCUUCCAGAGGGCGCUGUCCAUUGUGAUGGCGCGAGCCCAAAAACCACUGCUCAUCACAGCGGGACACCUCUACCCAGUCAACACGGCAGCCUUCGUUGCGCUGAUGAAGGCGUCCUACUCGUACUACACUCUGCUGAGACAACUGGACAGCAGCUGAGCGACGGGGUCACGGAUCUCCGGCUGAAAGAAAGGAGAGGAGCAGCAGCGACAGCACCACCAAAAUGCAGGCGGAG